AUUAGCAGAAAAAAUGCAGAGACAAAUGUUAGCACAGGGCAGCGAUGAUGAACAAUUUCAUCCGUCUGGUCGUAGACGGAGUGUUGAAUUAGCGGAGGAAAUGAGACAACAGAUACUGGAAGAGAGUCAAAAUGGAGAAAAUAGCAUCGAGUGUAAUCUGCCUAUGCGGAAAAGAAGUUUAAGACCUGUUGAAACGGUAAAUAUUGGUGAAGAUGAGGAAGUGUCCCGUGAAAUUGAAGAGCUCAUUCGAAGAGGCAUUAUAAAACCUGAUCACAGAACUGCUCGGACUUCCAACAGAUCAAGCACAAAGUCUGACAGUGACAGUGAACUGUUUGGUGAUGGCAGUACACAUGCGGAAGGCCCCUUGGACCACCAUGUUCAGAAGCAGAGAAUGCCACAGAACCACAGGAUAGACUUUAAGAAUCCAUUCGGCUUUGCUGAUGAUGAAUUCCCAGUGAACUGGGAUAGAUCAAGAAUUCCCGAUGUAGAGGCAGGUGAAUUGUUCCAGCUUGUGGAGAUAUUGCCGGAGGAAGAGGAGUACGAAACGAUAGCUCGUGACUUUCAUAUAGCUGACCUCGAAGUGAAGAAGAUGGAGCGUCUCCAGAAUGUCCAUCUGUUGGAUCGGUACAAGGGGGAAAAGGACCUUUUGAUGAGGAGAAGAGGAAGAGAUUUUGAAGUUAAUGCCCGGUAUCUGUACCAUGGGUCUGCCGCCAACAAGAUGCUUCUCUGUGAGGAGGGGCUCGAUGCCAGGCUGGGGAUGAGUGGGUGUUUCGGAAAAGGCAUCUAUUUCAGCGAUAACCCAAAGAAGUGUGUGCAGUAUGUGUCAAGGUCAUCGGUGAAGUACAUUCUCAUGUGUCGCGUCAUGCUGGGUGAGGCGAAGAUAUAUCCCCGGAGUGAAAUGGACCGUGACUUAAAGCGGGAACCAGAAAAAGAAAAUCCAACUGGAGGAUGGAGAUUCUAUGACUCUGUUCGAGGUCGACCAAUUGACUUCAAUGAAUAUGUAAUCUAUGAGAACCGACGAGCCAUGAUAGAGUAUAUCAUCACAUUCCAACGCCAGGGCUCGCCUGGAGACAGCAAUGAACCGGAGGAGGUCGGCGGAGCUGUAGCUGCUAAUGCCAUGCCACCAAUACUUCCAGAGGAAAGUGUUGAGGACCACAUGAAAAGAAUCGCACAGGUCCGGGAGGAGAUCCGUAUAAAGCGAGCUGAGGAGAGAGGAGAGGUCUACACUGGACCCACAGAGGCCCAGAAGAAGAAGGACCGUGAUGUCUGGAGACGAGUGUUGAAGGUGACCUGUCCACCUGGCUCUGAGGGUUAUGAAAAUGCGAAAGGAAUCUUCCAGUACUUAAAGAAAGAAGAAGAAGAGGACGAAAAAGUGAAGGCAGAGGCGAGAGGAGAUUCAGGGAGCCUCACAACAGAUAACGCAAACAACAAUAAUAAUGACAGUGACCUUGACAUAGCUACUGCAAGGUCACUAACUGUAGAAGCAGAAGAUAACAGUAUAGAGAUGGUGAUGAGCAGUCUUAUAUCAGAUUUCCUCGAGGUGAUGAAGAUUGACAAUGUCCAGAAAGCCAGGAUGUACUUGGAAAAGUCGGGAAUGAACUUAGACCAAGCUUUGCUGCUGUAUUAUGAACAGGAGUCGUGAAUGUGCAUAUGUGAUAUGAGAUUCUCAUCUUGAUACCCAUUCUCUUCCCACAUUAAUUAAUGGCUGUGUAUAUUUACAAAAGGACACAGUGAAAGUAAUUUGUUGAGUAGAUCUACCUUAACUAGAAUGCUUUCUGUGCAGAUAAUAAUUAAGUCUUAGUUGGAGUUGCUAUGUUAUUUGAAUACAUAACAUAUGAAAGGUCACACCUGUGAAGAUCCAGGUUAGAAUUGGUCUUCAGCAACUCAUGCUUGUCGUAAGAAGCAUCUAACAGGAUCGGGAGGUCAGACU